GAGAGGUGGGUCGGUGGAAAGCCGGGAGCUGUGUCCUGCCCCCGGGACUGCAGAGAAGAACUGGGCCCAGCGCUCCAGCACGGGAUCAUUUCGGUGACGCAGAGCCUUUCAGUGUUGGCUGCAAGCCAAAAGCCCAGCCUCCCGAUGGAGUCCGAAUCCAGCCGACCUGAAGAGGAGACCCCUUCUAUCCUAUGGGGUUUGGAUCCUGUGUUUCUAGCUUACGCAAAACUCUACAUCAGGGAUAUCCUGGACUUGAAGGAGUCCUGCCAGGUACCAGGAGUAUUUUUUUACAAUGGGCAUCCAAUAAAACAGGUGGAGAUCUUGGGAACUGUAAUAGGAAGAAGAGAAAAAGAAGCUUUCUACUGUUAUGGAGUGGAUGACAGCACUGGAGUUAUAAACUGCAUCUGCUGGAAAAAGUCAAACAAUAUCGAGUCUUCAUCAGCAACAACAGGUGGUCCAGCUAUAGGGGAGCUGAACUUAACCUCACAGCUUAAGAAGUUGCAGGAGACCAUUGAGCAGAAAACAAAGAUAGAAAUUGGGGACAUUAUCCAGAUCAGAGGUUAUAUCCACACAUACAGAGAAGAACGAGAAAUUCGUGUCACUACUUAUUAUAAAGUGGAUGAUCCAGUGUGCAACAUUCAAAUUGCAAGGAUGCUUGAGCUGCCCAGUAUCUACAGGAAAGUGUAUGACCAGCCUUUCCAGAGCCCAACCCUAGAACAAGAAAGCAGCAAUCCGGGUGCCCUGGACCUUACCAAUCUCACAUGUUUGCUGAGUGAAAAAGCCAAAGAAUUCCUCGUGGAGAACAAAGUGCAAACCUUUUACCAGCAGGAAUUGGAAAUUGUGGAAUCUCUGCUGUCCCUGGCCAGUCAGCCUGUGACUCACAGUGCCUCCUCUGAACAGGUGGAUGUUAAGAAUGAAAUCACUUCCAAGGCAAUUCAUAGCAUAUUUAAGAAUGCUAUACAGCUGCUGCAAGAAAAAGGAUUUGUUUUCCAGAAAGAUGAUGGUUUUGAUAACCUAUACUAUGUAACCAGAGAAGACAAAGAACUGCACAGAAGGAUACACCAUAUCAUUCAAGAAGACUGUCAGAAACCAAAUCACAUAGAGAAGGGCUGCCACUUCCAGCACAUCUUGGCCUGUGCUCGCCUGAGCGUCCGGCCGGGCCUGAGUGAAGCUGUGCUGCAGCAGGUGCUGGAGCUCUUGGAGGACCAGAGUGACAUCAUCAGCACCAUGGAGCACUACUACACAGCGUUCUGAGGGGCUGCCAGCAGAUGGCAGAGGCAGAGUUGGGCCAGGAAGAGGAAGACCGGCGGCCGUCACUCCCAGGCUCUGAUUUUAAACGUCACACAGAGGCUUAUAGGUCUGGUGGCAAUUAUCUAUAAGAAACUAUGAAAUACGGUCAUUUAAGGAAUGCAUUUUGGCAUAAAUUCCAUAGGCUGCCCUCUAGCUGCUGUCCUUGGGAUCAAGUCACUUUUAUCUCGGCCAUGACGUAGAAGGAAACCCUUCCGGUUGAUCUCCUGACUGGACCGGGCAUUGCCCUUGGAGCAGAAGGGGAGGAAACAGUGUUGGCGGCUUAAAUCGGGUGCAUGUGGCUCGAGGCCCUAUCAGGGUAAAGGGAUGUCACGUGGUAUAGUGAACUGAAGAGCCUGUAGCCAGAGCACACAGAUCUAAAACCAUUUUGAACUUCAGACCAUCAGCUACAUUCCUGUAGGCCUCUCUCAGUGGUUAAGAAGCUAAUGUAGGGGACUCAUUCUUAGAUGAGUGUCGCUCACCUGUGAUUUCCAAGGUUAAGUACCAGUGGGUCCUGAGUCCUGGGAUGAAUGCUGUUUACAGACCCACCCAGAGAUGGGAAUAAAUGGAUCAAAGACA